UAUUUUGUCCUUCUUCACUUUCCGUUGUUUUAGCAAAUGUGCGGACGUGCUAUUUGACAAGUUAAAAACAAAUGAGGACGAGCUACAAUGUCUAGCAGUGUCCUCUGUGGUCGGGGUAGGUUCUUCUUAUCAUGGACUGCUGGUCAACAAGCAUUAGCCGGUCUCAGGAUCAGCAGAACCUUCUCUGCAGCGAGUUCAGAUGAGCCUUAUAUAGCUGUGUCUACUACAGACACAGGACCCAGGACUGUGUGGCCUGAUGAGAACAUGGGUCCUUUUGGACCUCAGGACCAGCGUUUCCAGUUACCGGGUAAUGUUGGUUUUGACUGCCACCUGGAGGGCACGGCAGAACAAAAGAAAGCUCCUGUCCAUAGGACGGUUCCUGACAUCCUGACUACCCCGAGCAGCACAGAGAGACACCACUUCAUACUGGCACAGUUUGUCAACAAGUUCCACGGGAAGUUGGAUUCCAUAACGGCAAGAGUCCACAAAGCUGAGCAGUACUUCACUCAAUCUCACACAGACUGUUCCAUAAGUUCCUGCCCUGAACUGUUAAGGAAAGAGCUUGAGCUGCUGUUCCCAGCGGCGCCCCCUACUGCCAUUACAGUUGUGACAGUGACACAGAAGAGCAGCCACAGUGAGGAGGCUGAGCAGGACAGAAAUCAGCUGCUGCACAGAUUUGUGAACGGUGCAAAAGAAAUGUGCUUUGCUCUGUGGACAGCAGGGUACUGGGCAGACUUUAUCGACCCAACAACAGGAGACGCUUUCUUUGCAUCUGCAGCGAGACAGACUACACUAAGAACAGAGAAGGAGCUGCAGCAUUUGGGAUUCCACAUCGAGGUUUCAGGCUCGUGCACAGUUAUUCAUCACAUCCUCAGAGGAAUGCCUCUGUUUGUGGGGACAGUUUUUACCAACGCACCUACUCACAGUUCUGCUGUCGCAAGACUCCUGGGACGUUCAAAUGAACACUCUGAUGACAACUAGUUACUUUUUUUUUUCUUCGUAUUUCACAGAACUUAUUGAAAGCCAGGGCUUCUAUUUAUGUACUGACACACCAUGAAAAUGAAAUUUAUAUCAGUGCUGGAAAGCUGCAUGAAGUUUGUCUUUGUGUAACUGCAGCCCGUGUUUUGGAGGCAUUUGCUGUGACCUACUUUGAUGAUUUUUAAAUUCAACCUUGGUGCUGCUUUUGACUGAUUACAUCGGUUAUCAACACUGGUUUUCUCUCACUAAUGCUAGAGAUGCUCAGUGUUUUGACUGCAAAUUAAAACAUUUUCUCAGAAUGUGACAUUCUCCACUUGACAAGUGUAUAAAAUAACACUUGACAAUGUUGUCACCUGUUUGUGAUUUUGAUCAAAGGUGUCCACCCUGCUUUUAAUUAAACAGAAACCCUUUAAAUGUA